AUGAGCAAUGGACAAGCCCUGCGCCGGCAGGUGAAGAACAUUGUGCACAACUAUUCAGAAGCAGAGAUCAAGGUUCGCGAGGCCACCUCCAACGAUCCAUGGGGCCCAUCCUCAUCCCUCAUGUCCGAGAUCGCGGACUUGACCUUCAAUGUGGUGGCGUUCGCUGAGGUCAUGGGCAUGGUCUGGAAACGCCUCAACGACAGCGGCAAGAACUGGAGACAUGUCUACAAGGCCCUGACUCUGUUGGAUUACCUGCUGAAGACAGGAUCAGAGAGAGUCGCUCACCAGUGUCGUGAGAACGCAUUCACGAUUCAGACACUGCGUGACUUCCAGUACAUGGACCGUGACGGCAGAGACCAGGGGGCUAACGUGAGGGAAAAGGCUCGCCAGCUGGUGUGUCUCCUGCGGGACGAGGAGCGGCUCCGCCAGGAGAGGAGUCAAGCCCUGAAGACCAAGGAGCGAAUGGCUGGGGGGGGCAGCGGAGGAGGCGGUGGUGUGUACGGAGGCAUCCCCCCGUCUUAUCACCCCGGUAGGCGAACGAGCCAGCCCAGCAUGGCUGUGCUGUACGGCGAGGAGUUCAGCCGCUCCAGAGGCUCUCCGUCCUCCUUUAACUCCUCGUCGUCGUCCCCUCGCGCCGCCUCAGACCUGGAGCAGGCCCGGCCUCAGACCAGCGGGGAGGAGGAGCUGCAGCUCCAGCUCGCCUUAGCCAUGAGCAGGGAGGAGAGUCAGAAGGAGCAGCGCUGUCGCCAAGGAGACGAGUCUCUGUUACAGAAGGCAUUGGAUGAGAGCCGGAGAGAGAGCCACUCAGGGACUCAGGAGUCAGCCAUGUUGGACCUGGUGGACAUAUUUGGCGCAUCAUCUGAGCACCCGCCCCCCCCCAGUGACCCUUGGAACUCAGCUCAGCCCGCCCAUGAUGUCAACUCAGACCCCUGGGACUCUGUAGGAGUUCACUGCAGCACUCCUGUGAUUGGUAGCCCUUGGAAAGCCCCUCCCUCCUCAUCCAACGCAUCCAAUCCUUGGGAACCAUGUGCAGACCCAAGCACGGAGCCCUGGGAAGAAGCGCCGACCUCCUCCAGUCCUGUAAAUCAUGCAUGGGACAACCCAACAGACGGAGAUGUCGAUGGGACAGAUCCGUUUGCUGCGCAGGAAGAGGAGAAGCCUAAAGAGGAGGUUCCUCAAGUGACCUCACCUCAACAUUCUAGUCCCACAGAUGAAGAGCUGUUUGGGAUAAAACCAGACUCUGACCCGUUUUCUGCAGCGGAUUCGAAAACCGAUGCAUUUGGGGCUGCUCCUCUGGUAAAUGGACGAGAGUCUGACAGCCCAGAGAUGUUCGACCUGUCCCGGCUCGCACCUCCACUCAGCGCACCGCCGACACGUGUGUGUCGUACCCCAGAGACCUUCCUGGGACCUACGGGGGCCUCGCUGGUCAACUUAGAUGCUCUGAUACCCACCAACCCUCUUAGCAAAAUGCACAACAACCCCUUUCUCUUAGGUCUGAGUGCUCCGUCUCCCACCAACCCCUUCCACUGCGACCAGCCUCGCCUCACCCUCAACCAAAUGAGACCAUCCUCCACCUCCCCGCUGCCCCCUCACAUGCUCUCCUACAGCCCGUCGCUGCCUCUCCCUCUCCACCACCGGCAGCCCGUCCUCCCCUCCUCUCUCACACAGCCUCCUGCUGGACUCCUGGACCUCCCCUCCAACCUCCCCCAGCCCCUGCUCCCUCUGUCUCCGCGACCGGCAGCCCGCAGUCAGUCCCAGACGCAGACACACAGCCACAACCCCUUCCUCUGA